UUUGUGGAGUCUGAAGCAAUGCAUUGCAGCAGCUCCGAGAGCGGAGUCGUCCUGGCUCCACUGGUCCGAGGUCAGGAUGCUUGUCCGGUCAUCACCAGAGCCCAGCUUGGCCAGGAUCCUCCACAAAGAACAGUGCUGGGUGUGUUAAACGAGAAUGGGCAGUACAGGAGGACCCGUGGCCAGGGGAUCACCACAAUCAAGUGUUUUUCUGGAUCAGAAAAUAUCUUCCCUCCAGCUGGAAAGACAGUUGUCUCGGACUGCAGGGUCCAUGAGCCAGCCAAGCAAGUGUUUGAUAUCUACAUGGAUGAGCCUGAGCAGGGAGACGGAGACAUCUCCUUGGGCAGAGAGGGGAUGGCAUUUGAGGAUGUAUAUGAAGUAGACACCAGCACAAUCAAGUCAGACCUUCACUUCCUGCUGGAUUUCAGCACAGUUUCCCCUAUGCUGGUAGAUUCAUCUCUCCAUUCCCAAUCUGAAGAUGCAUCAGAUUUUGGCACAGAUGUGAUAAACGUGACUGAAUAUGCUGAAGAAAUUCAUCAGUACCUUAGAGAAUCUGAAAGAAGAUACAGACCCAAAGCACACUACAUGAAGAAACAACUGGAUAUCACAGAAAGCAUGCGUACGAUUCUGGUGGACUGGCUGGUGGAGGUUGGUGAGGAGUACAAACUUCGAGCGGAGACUCUGUACCUGGCUGUCAACUUCCUGGACAGGUUUCUUUCCUGCAUGUCUGUUCUGAGAGGGAAAUUGCAGCUUGUAGGAACAGCAGCUAUUCUUCUGGCUUCGAAAUAUGAAGAAAUAUAUCCACCUGAGGUAGACGAAUUUGUCUACAUAACUGAUGAUACGUACACGAAACAACAACUGUUGAGAAUGGAACACCUGCUCCUGAAAGUCCUAGCUUUUAAUCUGACAGUACCCACCACCAACCAGUUUCUCCUUCAGUACUUAAGGCGGCAAGGAGUAUGUGUCAGAACUGAGAACCUGGCCAAGUAUGUAGCAGAACUGAGUCUACUUGAAGCUGACCCAUUCUUGAAAUAUCUUCCUUCACUGAUAGCUGCAGCAGCUUAUUGCCUGGCAAACUAUACUGUGAAUAGGCACUUCUGGCCAGAAACCCUUGCUGCAUUUACAGGCUAUUCAUUAAGUGAAAUUGUGCCUUGUCUGAGUGAGCUUCAUAAAGCAUGCCUCAAUAUACCCCAUCGACCUCAGCAAGCAAUUAGGGAGAAGUAUAAGGCUUCCAAGUACCUGCAUGUGUCCCUCAUGGAACCACCUGCAGUUCUUCCGCUACAAUAA